AUGCGCGCCGUCGACGCGGUCGCGCGGCGCGGCGCGCCUGCGCGUCCGCGCGCGCGUUUGAAUCCCUCGAGCGCUCGGAACGGCGCGGAAUCGACGACGAGGCGGUCGUUGACAUCGAACGACCCGCGUUGGGUGGAGGACGUGCGCGAACAACGACCAGAGCUGGAGAACGUGCGGUUCGUCCUGUGCGCCCCGCAGGGCGCGGCGAACGUCGGGGCGUGCGCGCGAGCGAUGCAAAACUUUGGCGUGUACGAGCUCAAGCUGUGCGAGGUGGGACCGAACGUGUUGGAACGAGACGACGCGGGCGAGACGGCGGCGACGCGCGGGACGGAGAGCGACGCGGAGCGGAUAUUGGACGAGGCGAGCGAAGGUGAGGGGAAGACGCCGGAACGGGCGGCGAAUCAGACGUUGCCGUUGAGUGCGGAGGCGUUGCGGUACGCGUGCGCGGCCGAUUGGAUGUUGGAAGACGCGGAGCGGUGCGCGGACGUGGAGGCGGCGCUCGCCGGAUGCACCUUUGUCCUCGCGACUACGGCGAGGCCGAGGACCGGGACGCCGCUCAUGACGGCGCGUGAGGCGGCGAAGAAGGUCGCGGAGGAGGCGAAGAGAGGUAAGGUGGCGGUGCUAUUCGGGAACGAGCGCACGGGGUUGACGAACGAGGAGUUGGCGUGGGCCUCCGCGGCUGUCGUCGUUCCGACGGCUGGAGCGGGUAAGUUGUGUCGGAAAAGUUUGAAGUACACCGGAGCCACGGGACCGACGUCUCUGAACCUCAGUCACGCGGUUGGAAUAAUCGCGUACGAGAUUUUCAUGGCUUGCUCCGGCGACGACGCGUCGUCGAGUCCGGAGGCGAGCUCGACGUCAUCUGAGCCACAAAAAUUGCUCACCGCCGAGGAGAAGAUUACGCUCCGAAACGAGCUCGUCGCCGCGCGUCGAGCUCUUGACGUCCUAGACGCCGAUGUUGAUCGCGCGUCGCCAUCGAAGACAUCGAAUGAAGACGAGGACGAGGACGUUUUACGCAAGCGCGAGGCGAAGGCGUUUGAGCGCGUGCUCGCCGCCGCUCCCGUGCAUCGAAGCGACGCCGCGGCGCUCUUCCAACUCUCCAGGCGCGUCUCAGCCAUAAGACGCGGAUCUGCGGUCGCUAAUGGUGUGGGCGAAGGUAUUCUCGACGCCACCAUCGUCGAGAGCAUCCGCGAGCUCGUCGUCGAGCGCGGCGCCGACGCCCCCGCGCCCACCGUGCGAAACUGCAGAAACCACAUUCGGGAACGACUCGGCGUCUCCCUCACCAACCGAGAGAUCGAGCGCGCGCGCGCGCGCGCCACCGCAACCUCGACCUCGACCGAUAUAUAG